UGGAUUGUGAUCCGACCUCCCUGUCCGACAACAUCACGUCAUCGAUGUUUAACUACACGCUGUGUUUGAAUACAUCGGCUGACAGUUAUAUGCCGACCCAACCCACACCUGCUCCACAUUACUUGGACCCCCAGUACUACUCCCUUCCCUACACCAUCAUAGGCACCAUAUUUCAGGGGAUCAUACUUAUAGUCGGCGUGUUGGGCAACAUAAUGGUGGUGAUCGUGGUAUUCAAGUCACGGGGAAUGAAGACACCGACAAAUUGCUAUUUAGUGAGCCUAUCGAUCGCGGACCUGAUAGUGCUGAUGGCGUCCGUGCCCAACGAGAUCAUCGCGUACUUCGUGUUGGGCGACAAAUGGAUCUGGGGCAGUGUCGGGUGCGCACUGUUCAUCUUUUUCCAGUACUUCGGCAUAAACGCCUCGUCCCUAUCGAUCACGGCGUUUACGGUCGAGCGGUAUAUCGCGAUCUGUCACCCGAUGAAGGCCCAGAAGAUCUGCACCGUUCACAGGGCUAAACGCAUAAUAAUGGGCGUCUGGAUGUUCGCCUUCCUCUACUGCGGUCCCUGGCUUUUCCUCACCAAAACCCAGAAGAUCUACUACAAGGGCCACGAAGACGUCGAGACCUGUAUCUUCUCGACGUCCCGC